AUGGACUCAACAUGCUGGGAGACUGCUCCAAUGCCGUCGGCUCCACCAGAAUCAUGCUGGGCAGCUCUUCCGAUACUGUCGGUGCCCGCAGAUGCACGCGCGUAUCGUGAAUCAAUCAAGCGCUCGAUCGACCACUUCCUCCACGUCCCACUGGUUCCUCGCUGGAUGGAGCAGAAAUAUCAUCCUGAGCAUACCCGCGACCUCCGGAAACAUCUCGAACAUUACCAGAAUAUCGGAUAUUCAUACAACGAGUGCCAGAUCUUGCUGGCUGUCAUUCAACAUUUCAGCUCAGGAGAUGAUAGUAAUGCUAUCUUGAGCUGGAUAUACGAAGAGUUCUCGCUCCAAGAGCAAGAAUAUUCGCGCCACAUACCAGCUGAAGGAGAUGCCACAAAGCUGCUCUCUGAUAAGAUUAGCAGACUUGUACAAGAGCUAUCGAAACCUCUUCCUAAACCUGAUCCUGAAUCUGAUGAACCCGAACAAUGUCAGACAUUGGAACAGAUGCGAGUAGCUCUGUGCCGAUCCAACAAAAUCGGAACCCUUGCCAAACGCAUCCAAGAUCUGGAUGACAUGAUCAAGGAAGGCGCCGAGAAUCGUCUGUCCGUCCAACAAGGUGAAGGGAUGGCUAGUAGGAUUCAAGCCCUGGAAAGAAGGAUGCAGCUGACGCCUCCGUCUUACGCGACUAUGUCCAAUGCACCGACACCCGAAUCUACAGAGGAGGGCCACACAAAUCCUUCGCAGAAGACUGUAGUAAACGACUCAGAUCACAAGAAGACUCAACGAGUAGACCAGACGGCACGCCCUCCACCGCAUUUGUACAUCCCCGCCGAUACGACUGCACAAGAUCGCGCGACUACAAAGCAGCGCGUCCAUCCCACUAUCGCGAAAGUACGUCCUGAUAUCCAACACAAGGUUGUCGCGGACAUGCGUCCUUCCAACUACGGCUACCUUGAUCUUAGACUAAAGAAACCUGCACAGGAUACCGACACAAUUGCCCCCGUCUUUGCUACGAUUUGUUAA